AUGGACCAACAGAAGAUUCAGGCCAUCACAGAUUGGCCGCCACCUAAGGAUAUCCACGCCUUUAGGUCUUUCCUUGGCCUACGCAACUUCUAUCGGCGAUUUGUGAAGAAUUACUCCCUCAUUACAGUGCCGCUAAUAGAACUACUCAAGAAGGCCACACUCUGGGAUUGGGGACCCAGUCGAACAGAGGCCUUCAACGCAUUAAAAAUGGCUAUGUCUAGUAGCCCCGUCUUGGCCCUCCCUGAUUUGGCCAAGCCAUUCGAGGUACAAACGGAUGCCUCCAACUAUGACCUUGGUGGAGUCUUGCUACAAGACGGACAUCCCUUAGUGUACGAGAGCUGGAAACUGAAGGAUGCAGAGCGGUGCUAUGCCGCCCACAAGCAACAAUUAUUAGCUGUCGUUCAUUGCUUAUGCCUUUAG